AUAUGUGAAUAACAAAGACAUGCUAGAAAACAAUUCAAACGGAUUAUGCACACAUUCCUCACCUUCAAACUCAGGGUAACCGUAAACCCCAAACGAAAAUCAGAAUCGGAGCAAAGAGAAAUCAGGGAAAUGAACUCUGUGGCGAGGCGAGUUUCUACAAUCUUCACUCGGCCGAGUUACGGGAUCAACUCAUUGAGUCAUGAUGGGAGUCAGCUUCAGCAAGUGAGAGGGAUACGAGUGAGGGUAAGGGAUGGGAGACUGGAGCAGGCGCUAGGGUUUAUGCAGAGGAUUAUGCAAUCAAGUGGGAUCGAGCGGCUGAUAAAGGCGGGCCGGACUCAUCACGUCAAGAAGUCGGAGAAGAGGGUUUUGGCCCGGAAGAACCUCGAGCGUAAGAUUCGAUCCCAGGAUCUUGCACGCAAGCUCCAGUCCAUUCUCACCCAGAAAGUCAGGGGUUUAUGAUUUCUUCUGAAUUCAAGAAUUAUGCAAUCAGUUGCCCUGGCAAUGAUCGAAACCAACUGCUACAACUUCAAGCCUUUUGGAAACUACACACAUUGAAAUUGUUAUGAACGUUGUAUGAUCAGAUCAUGACCCUUCUAAUAAUUUUGCAAUGAGAUUAAAGAUUAGACAAUUUGUUUUUUUGAUAGGUGAUUAUGGAUUAGACAAUUACUUAAAGAAUGUAGGUUCUUUUUAUUCUGCCCAUUUGAUGGUGUUAUUCUGCCCAUUUGAUGGUGGGUUAUAAAAUAGUAGAAUGUAGUUUCACACCUCUUCAAACCUUCCUUGAUCAUCUCAAGGUCUAAGAAUUACAAUG